AUGGACAGAAAAUCGCUUCUAGAACAAAAAAGGGCAAAGCUCGAGGAGCUAAAGAAGCAGAGAGCGUUGAGAGAAAAAGAGUUCCAAGAUGAGACAUCUCAAUCUUUAAAAUCGAGUAAUGUAUACGUUAACAACAUUGUGGAGGAAGCUCUUGGCUCUCAAGAGGGUGAAGAUAACACCGAAAAGAACAAAGACGAGGGUAAGGAGAUAGCCAUCGAUAACUCAUCUUCUUCCAAUUAUGAGAAAACAACGGCAAAUGUGAUAUCAGAAACAAUCUUGCAUACUUCGGAGGAAAAUGACAAAGUAUGCGACCCUUCUUUGAAAGUUAAGAUUCCAUUGCUCACAAAGGCAGUUGAUGCUGAAAAUGAAAAACAGAAUACAACCGAUUCGAGUUCAAACAGACUUGAUGAUCAAGCUAACGACCCGAAGAGCAAAAUAUAUCAAGCAAUGAAACUCUCUAUAGAACAUGAGUUACAAAAAAAAUACGAACAGGAACUUAAAGUAAGGCUCAGCAAAAUAACAGAAGAGCAAGAGAAUCAGAUAAGGAAAGAUAACGUCAAUAUAUUAAAAGCAUUACAAGUUCCAAAAGAUCCACUUGCAAGAAAUCAGGAGAGAGAAAGUCGAUACGCAAAGCCAAUCGCUGCGAAUUGCUCAGUUGAGGAGCUAGGCAAUGAUAUAUUUACAAUCGAUAUACCGCACUUUAUAUCGAAAGCAUUUGUAUUGAGUGCCAAUUUGAAGCCAACUCGGGCCAUCUUUUUCCCCAAAAGCGUGCUUAUUGUUUGGGACGUUGAUACAAGGAAGGCUGCAUUUACAUUUCUUUCAUAUGCUACUUUAACUGUUGCUAAGUUUUCAACUGCGAAGUCGAAUACUCUCUAUGCUGGUGGUGAAGAUGGUAAGCUGUACUUAUGGAAAUUUGACAGCUACUCAAGGUAUCCCACGACAUCAUCUGAGCACAAUAAUGACGAUGGACAAAUAUCGGCUGUAGUUGCCAUAUAUGAGACGGUGAACUCAGUUUAUUCCGUCUUGGCUAAUGGCAAUUUAUUUGUCUACUCGCUUGAUCUUAUUUCGCAACUAAGUGAAGAAAGUUUGGGAAUUCCAUCAAGCAAAGAUAUUUUUGUUACUGCUUGCUAUGCAGAUGCCACCACUGUAAUAGCAGGACUAGCUACUGGCCACAUAUAUAUGAAAAGAUUAGGAAAAGAUACGAAGUCAACACUGAUCUAUUCUCCAGAAAAAAGUUCGAGGCCACACUUAUCUUUACCGGUGAUGAGUAUCAAUUACUGGAAUGGUGUCAUCCUAGCUGGGCUGUUCAAUCACAAGAUACUCAUAUUAGAGCCUAGGGCAAGCAAGAAAAUAAUACAUGUGCCGUAUCCUGUUUCUGAUGUGCAAUUUAGGUCAGAAAUGAGAGGUGAAACAAGCUUUCGACAAGUUUCUCGAUUAACAUCCAAAAAGGAGUUUGCCACUCUCUCGUGCUUGAACCAGAUUGAUUUCUGGAAUAUUGCCAAGCAUGAGUUAGAUCCGAUUGCACAAAUGAAAUUUAAAGCCGAUGAAACCUUGAACAGGAUGGCAUGGAGUCAAAAUGGGAAGACUAUUGUGUGCGGUGGAUUGACGGGAAAAAUAUAUUUAAUAGAAAUUGCGGAUGGCAGCGGUGAAACGAAAGAUUUUCAUGAACACGCUAUAGUUACAAAUGCAUAG